AAAGUCAGCUUAUGCAUCGACUGAGCAGCUCAUGCAGGCCAACGUAGACGGCGUCAAUGCUCACGGUUAAGCUAGUAGUCCUCGGUUCCUCAGGCGUAGGAAAAACAAGUCUUCGCGGGCAGUACUUAUCAGGUCGCUUCUCGACCGGAUACAGAGCCACCAUCGGCGCGGAUUUCAUCGCAAAAACAUUACCCCAUCCUACACGACACGGAGAGUUCCUUUCACUCCAGAUUUGGGAUACCGCCGGUCAAGAACGUUUCUCAAAGCUCUCUUCCGCCUUCUACCGGGGAGCAGAUGCGGUGAUACUGAUGUUUGAUGUCAACCGACCCGAAUCCCUGACUUCCCUAACCAAAUGGUGGACGGAAUUCCGUGAAAGGGCACCCCUCGCUGACGAGGAGGUAGACGACUAUUGUUGUGUCGUCGUCGGCAACAAGAUCGACCUUGCCGACUCUGAUUCAGUGUCCGUCGUCUCUGAAGCAGAAGCGUCUCGUUUUAUUGAACAACUUGUACCCCAGUUGGCUGUCCCUCUUCCCUUGACCACGGGGGAGCUCGGGACUGCAGUUGAACUACUCGAGGAGGAUUCCAAUGACCCACCCCGCGAAGGAGAUAUCGAUGUCUUGUUCACCAUCGCGCGAUCUCAGCAUAUAGAUAUCGAUCAUCCACGUGCCGGGAGUCUGUUCAAAUCCCGUUCUCAGAACCUCAGCGUGCUGAAUGGUACUGUAUCGUCCGCUCAUACAGGAAGAACCUCAUUUCAUACCCCGUCCUCAUCGUUAUUCGAUGCAUACACUUCUGCUCGUUCAUCCCCGUGGCCUUGGCCUUCCUCACGACCAUCCUCUCCCAAUCGUAGUCGUCCACCGCGGCGUAUGUCAUCACAAUCCAGUACCUCUUCUACUGUCACCGUUACACCCAGUCUAUUCACCCGUGCCCAUGAAGAAGCAGCUACUCCACCUACUCCACCACUUCUCACCUUCACUACAGAACACGCCGCUACAUUUCCGCCGCAGCCUGAUCGUGGACCGAGGCUCUUCUUCACAUCUGCGAAAAACGGGAAGGGUGUCUCUGAUGUGUUUGAAUAUAUCGCUAGGCGGGUAGUUAUGAGGUGGGAAUAUGAAGAAGCCAUGGAGGCAUUGACACUUCAUGCCCAUGACGCAAUGUCAACCGCAGGAGACACAAUCCGGCUUUCCAGGAGCGAAACGAAGUGGCCUAGAUCUGGUAACUGUUGUGGGCAAUAGGUUACUCUUUAUUAUAUAUAUUUUUAUUGCUUGUUAUACAUACAUACUAUAUCAACAACUGUCUUGUAAGUCUGGACGUCUAAGCAUCAUUACCUG